UCCAGCCCCUCCCGCCCAGUCCCCUGGACGGAGCACCUCAUCUUCCUCCUGCUGCUCCUCCCGACCACGCUGAGCAUCGUCCUCCUCCUCGCCGACCGCCUCCACUGGACGAUCGCCGACGGAUCCAUCUACGGCCUCAUCAACAGCUACCGCACCUCCGUGCAAACCGGCGUCCAAGCGCUGGCCACACUCCUCAGCACCGUGCAACUCCUCAUCAUCUGCCGACUAAUCAACCAAGCCACGCGCAUCCGGUUCGCCCACCACCACGCAUCCCCAACCCACCUCACCACGCUCAGCUUCUGGGCCUCCCUCUCCACGCCCGCCGCGAACUGGACCCUGCCCCCACUCCUCCUCUGCCUAACCUUCCUCCUCGCCAACCUCUCCGCCGUGCUCUCCGCCCUCUGGACCGGCGCCCUCACGCCCACCACCACCACCACCACCCACCGCUACCCCCUCCACAUCCCCUCCUACCACAACACAAGCUUCAUAAUCGAAUACCCGUCGCAAAUCGACCGCACCGGGCCCACCGCCCGCACCCCGCAGGGGUACUUCACCUACUCCGUGGGCCUGGGGCAACUGACCGCCCUGAUCUCCUCCGCCAGCACGGCCUCCCCGCUCCUCGCCCACGGCAGCCGCGUGCACCCGAAGCUCGACAACACGGGGUACAGCUACACGGGGCGGUCGUACGGGGUGGGCGCCUCGGUCGGCCUCACCGAUUCCGGGCUGCGGACGACCUACCCGCACGCCACGGGCUACACCUACGUCGAACCGGGGUACGUCGCGCACGUCGAGUGCGCCUACAACCGGUCCUCGGCGUUCCGGCUCGAGGACCUGGGCGAGUACGCGCUGUACGCGGCCCGCGGCCCGUUGCCGGAUAGCGUGAACGCCAGUCGGCGGGAUGGCGGCGAGUAUUCGGUGUAUACGGGGUACAGUACCCGGACGAUUGUGGCGGUGGGCGUCGCGGCGCAGCCGGUCGCGUACACCCGACAAAGGUAUGUGGCGGUGGCGGCGGGCGGGUAUUAUGCCGGGUUGAAUGCGAGUCAGUGUGUUGUGGUGUUUGAGCCCGCGUGGUUUGGGGUCGAGGUGGCGGUUGCCGGGAAGGUGGUGAGGGUUGUGCCUGGGAGUCGGGGCAACGCGACAGCCACAACAGCGGACAUCGACCCCACCAACAAAACCAUCCACGUCGCCAUGCGCCAGCUCGAACUGAUCUCCAACGACCUGACGAGCUUCUACCGCUCCACGCUCGGCGACGCCUUCAACACCAGUAUCGCCGACUAUCGCACUUCGGUGACCACGACCACGACCACCACUAAUACCACCAACACAACCGAAGACGCUAUCGCCCUCGCCGGCAUCACGAACGUGUACGUCUCGCUGAUCGACGACAUCCUGGCCGGCUACGCGUCGGCGCAGCUGAUGGUCGGCGGGUUCACGCAGCAGACGGCGGCAACGGUGACGGUCGAGGCGUUCCGCGUCGGGUCGCAUCCGUACAUCGUGUGCGUGUUCGCGACCUCGCUGGGCCUGCUGCUGGUCGUGGCGGCGGAGAUGGUGCGCACGCGGCUGUGGCGGGGCCUGCCGCGGUGGGAUUACAUGGAGAUGAAGAUGGUGGUGGCGGCGGCGUCGAACGGGGGCCGCGGGAUUGCCCAGCGCGCGGCGGAGAAAGGGUGGGGGGCGGACGCGGUGGGACGGAUUCCCGUG